AUGCAAGUUGUGUUUCAUAUACUAGAAUCACAGCCUCCAGAAGCUCUUGUGGGCAACAUUGCUUUUUUCGUCAAAAACAACCUCCCAAGUGAAGAGUUAAAAAGUUUGGAAUAUAAAUUCUUAAAGAAGGAAUAUGAAGGAAACUUUUUGUUUCGAGUGGAUCUAAUGACUAGUGAAAUUUUCAUAAAUAUUGUGAUAGACAGGGAAGACUUGUGUGCAUUUGCAAUUGAUUGCUUUGUUGUAUUUGACAUAAGCAUUACCUCUAGGAUAAGUACAUAUUUUGAAGUAGUUACCGUGAAAGUAAUAAUUGGUGACGUUAAUGACAACCCUCCAAUAUUUCCCGAUCCUGAGAUCACUCUUUUCAUCCCCGAAAACGUUUUAAAGGGGUCGAGUUAUCCGAUUGCAGCUGCAAAAGACUUAGACGGCGGAGAGAACAACUCUAUUCAAUCAUAUGAGUUGGUUUCCUUAGCCAAAAUGUUUGCAUUGCGUGUGUCGCGAAAUUUGGAUGGGUCAUUUGCAUUGGAAAUCGUCGUACAUAAGUCUCUAGAUCGCGAGGAAAAGAAUUAUUAUAGAUUUUUCAUUGUAGCCAAAGAUGGUGGUCAACCUCCGCUUUCUGGAUACGUUAUUGUAAAUGUGAACAUAACCGACGAGAAUGAUAACGUUCCGAAAUUUUCUGAACAAAUAUAUGACAUCUCGGUAAUGGAAAAUACGCCAGUGUACACUUCAAUUGCUGCAGUAUCAGCUACUGAUUUAGACAUUGGUGCUAACGGAAAAUUAUCUUAUCGACUCCGAGUCAACAAACGCAACAAACUCGCAGAUUUCUUUGAACUGAAUCAAAACAACGGGGACAUAAGUGUUCUUCAAGAUUUAAGGUAUCAGACUGGAAAUGAAUUUGAAGCGAUUGUUGAAGCUCAUGAUCAGGGUACACCAGCACAUUUUACCCAAUCUACGUUAAGAAUCAGAAUCUUGGACGUUGGAAAUGAUCAUCCGAUGGUGUCUCUGUCUGUAGUGAUUCCCACUUCUGGAAGAAUAGCUUUACUUCAAGAAUCGGCUCAAAUAGGAACCCCAGUUGCUCACGUGUACUAUGUAGACAAGGAUCAGGGGUCUGACGGAAUCGUUCAAUGUCAGUGUGACCCUAAUCAUUUUUCAGCCAAGAGACUUCAAAAUGGAAGAUAUGUUAUCCAAGUUAAUACGACUUUAGAUCGCGAAACUACAGAACAUUACUUGGUUUCAAUAACAUGUAGUGACGGUGGUACUCCUUCCUUGUCGAUUUCCAAAGGCUUUGAAAUCAGGAUUACAGAUGAAAACGAUAAUAAGCCAAGCUUCACGAAGGAGGUGUACGAACAAUAUGUUAUAGAAAAUAAUGACAUACCUAACAAAUUACUAAGAGUAGCUGCUGUAGAUAGAGAUCUGAAUAAAAAUGCAGUCGUUCAUUAUUUUCUUAAUCUUAUGGACGAUUCCGUAUUCAAAAUAAACAGAAAUACUGGCGAUGUCUCUUUACUCAGAUCACUUGAUCGUGAAGAACUGCCAGAAAUAACGUUUAAAGUGUUAGCCAUUGACGAAGGAAAUCCAUCUCUUACAGGCACAGCAGAUAUAGUUAUCAAAAUCAUUGAUCAGAACGAUAAUAGUCCCAUAUUUGAACAAGAGAGUUUAACUAUGUACGUUAACGAAAAUGUUCAAGACGGAACGCAUAUCGGUAAAAUUGAAGCCCAUGAUGCAGAUUCUUUUCAGAACGGCAAGGUUCAAUUUACUAUGGUUGCUCUCAACCAAACUGUACCAUUCGUUGUGUAUUCGAAUGGAUUGGUAGUAAGCAGAAGAAGCAACUUUGGUCGUAUGGACCGAUCUUACUCCAUACCAAUAAUAGCUAAAGACGGUGGAAUUCCCACAAACACGGCAAAAACGUACCUAAAUAUUCAAGUUGUUGAUACAAGUGAUAAGUUUCCAGCGCUUGUGUACAUGAACGACAAGGAUGCCUCCAUAACAAUUCCAUUUUCUACCAACCCAGGGAGUGUCAUAGGUAGAAUUAUUAGCCACGACAGCGUACUGGACGAUUCGCAACUCUCGUACAAUAUUAACAGUGUAAGCCCAGGUAAUAUAUUUCAAAUUCAACCUACUAGUGGGGAAAUAAUAUUAAAACAUCAACCAGAUGCUCCCAUAUACAAUUUAUCGGUUUCUGUGAAAUCAAACGGAAUUUCGAAUUUGAACAUAAUUAUUCGAGUUAUCAAAUAUAGUAAAAGCGCUGUAAAUCGAUCUGGCCUGAAAAUUUCAUUGGUCACUGGAUCCUUUGUGGGUAUAUGUCUUCUGUUUAUAUCAGUGACAACUGUUAUUAUGGUUUGUAUUAAACGUCCCAGAAAUCGGAGGUUUGCCCGGAAAGGUAUAUGUAUUCAAGAGGAAACGCGUCCGCACAAUUCAGUAGCAGAGAUAUCAUUUAUUGACGAUAAAGUGGCCAAACUCUGCACAGAUUCAGAAUCGGACGGAGAAGGUGAUUUUUCAUGA